AUGUCUUCGUCAAAUCUACAACAACCGGUUGCCACCGGGCCCAAGGACACCCGUAACGAUGCUAUUUCCGCUGACUCUCCCCGCGAUGGAACCCCGGAAAAGACGUCCAGUGAGCCCGCUGCGCCGUACACCGAGGGCGACAUGGAGAAGCCGCCUUUCGUGUUCACAACGCAGGCCAACGGCUCCGAAGUCGCGUUCGAUGAAGAUGACCCGCGAUUGAAGGAUAUCCCGCCUUACGUUCGUCGCGUCGUGAGUUUGUCGGACGAUCCUGAGUUGCCGACGCUCACCUUCCGCUACUUCGUCUUGACCAUCAUUUUCGUCAUUCCCGGAGCGUUUUUGAGUAUGAUGAGCCACUUCCGCACGACCUAUGCGCCGUACUCUGUAUUCUUCGUCCAGAUCGCAUCCAGUUACGCCGGAGUUUGGCUUGCCAAGAUUCUUCCCGCAUGGCAGAUCAACCUGCCUUUUGGAUACGGCUUCAACCUCAAUCCCGGUCCUUUCAGCGUCAAGGAACAUGUUCUCGUCACCAUCUCGGCGGCAUCAGGCGCGACCUACAACCUUGGUUACACCCCUGUUGCGAUGGCAGAGCUCUACUUCAACUCGCGAAUCCACCCGGCUGCGGCGAUUUUCUUCAUGUGGGGUAUUGUGUGGACGGGAUACUCAUUCGCAGCGCUGGCUCGACAGUUUCUGAUUUACGAUCCUCAGUUUCCGUGGUUUACUGCUCUCUGCCAAACCGCUCUCUUCGAAACCCAAAAGAAGCAACGCGAAAACCCGACUGCCUCUUCUCGCAAGCAAGCGAGAAUCUUCUUCCUCGCUCUCGGCGGUAUGACCUUGUGGCAGUUCCUGCCCGAGUAUGUCUUCCCGAUGUUGGGCUCGCUGGCCUUCCUCUGCUGGGUCGCCCCCAACAACGAAGUCGCCAACUUUGUCGGCGCGGGCUUUGGCGGCAUGGGUUUCUUGAACCUUUCCCUUGACUGGUCCAACAUUUCGAGCAACGCCAACCUGUUUCUCACCCCCUGGUGGACCCAAGUUGUCAUGUUCCUCGGUUUCGUCUGCAGCGUCUGGAUUCUGAUUCCGGCCGCCAAGUUCGGACACCUCGGCGAAUGGAACAAGCAUCUCAUGUCGAACCGUCUGUUCCUUGAGAACGGCACUUCUUAUCCCAUCACUUCACUCCUUACUGCGGAUGUAUCGUUCAAUGAGACGGCGUACCAGGAGCUGGGACCUCCUUUCGUCAGUACUCACGUUCUUUGGACCAUGUUCAUGGAUUACGCUGCGUAUACUUCGGCCAUUGUUUGGGCUGGUCUGUUUGGAUACAAGACGAUUAAGGGCAGCCUGCAGAAGCUGCGAGAGCGUACCAAGAAUGGGUCCGAGAUCAGUGCUCAGUACAACGACCAGCUCAGCAUCUUGCAACGUUCCUACAAGGAGGUGCCUCUGUGGUGGUUCCUUGCCUUGUUCGCAGCUUCUUUCGUCUCCCUGGUCACCAUCACUGCAACUGGAAACAUGUUCAUUCCUGUGUGGACAUACUUUGUCGCUAUUGGAACUGGAGCCUUCCUCGUCGUCCCCUUGGGCUACCUUUAUGCCUUGAGCAACUUCCAGCUCGCUAUCGGCACUGUCAACGAGCUCUUGUACGGACUCAUGGUCAACUCGGUCAGCGGUUUCAAGAACCCGACUGGUGCUUCCGCGUAUGGUGCCAUUGCCGGUAACGCUUGGUAUCGAGCCCAGCUGAACCUUCAAGACAUGAAGAUUGGCCACUACAUGCACCUUCCACCCAAGACUGUCUUCUUUUCCCAAGUCUUCGGCAGCUUCCUUGGUGUUCCCAUCAACUACGCCGUCGUUCGCUGGGUACUAGACACCAAGUUCGACUACCUCACUGGUGCCAAGGAGGAUCCUGCCCAUCAGUGGACGGCCCAGUCACUCACAUCCAACUUGACGAUGGGUGUUCAGUACGUCCUCAUCGGCCCGCGCCGUUUGUUUCAGCAGCAUAUCUACAAAGUACUCCCCUACGGAUUUCUGGUUGGAGCCUUCACGCCUCUUCUCAUCUUUGCGCUGCACCGGUUCUUCCCUCGUGCCAAAUUUCAGCUCUGGAAUUCGACCAUCUUCUUCUCGACAAUGGCCAGCUUCUACGGCAACAUCAGCACCGGAUAUUUCAGUCAAUUCAUUGGAGGUUUUGUUGUCAUGUUCUGGGCCUACCGCUACAGAUAUGAUCUCUGGGCUCGAUGGAACUACAUCUUGGCUGCGGCCUUCGACGCAGGCUUCAACUUCAACAUGCUGUUGACCUUCCUGUUCUUCGGCGCAGGCAAGAUUGUGACGAUGCCAAAUUGGUGGGGAAAUGAUGCUGCCAGCUCUGAGCGGUGCUUUGCUCUGAGCUAG